GCAGCCGCGUCAGUCCAGUAAGACUCUGAGAAUCCUCUUGAAAGUAAAUGGCGGCAUAUGCAGUGGCCAGCUCCUCACGUCAAAACAGGUGACCGUACCCGGCCGUACAGACUACUCAGACUGAUGGCCACAAGCUGCUGAUGAACAACAAAUUGUCGUACCCGGCCCCUGACGGCCUCGUGAGCGCGUUAAACGUGUGCGAUAUCGAUUUCGUAGCUUCAGACCACAUUGCCCGCAACAGUCUCAAGAGCGUGUUGCCUUGCAGUGCCUGGAGCCCUGUCACUUCCUACGUCCGUGACAUACGCAUGCGCAAUUGAGAAAGGUUCACUCGCGCUCGGAGCGAAUCGCACUGUUGCAAUGUCGUAAUUUCCAUCUUCGCGUUGCGCACGACUCUUUCGCGCUUAGGCUUUGCUUCGAGAUGACAACUCUGAUGCGGCAACAUAGGCCAGUUAGGGCUCUCGUACGGCCUCAUCUUCUCGUCGGUUCACUGCUCGGCGCCAGUGUCGGCGUCUACGCCGGCAGCUCGACUAGACGCACCUUGUGGUCGAAGAACGCAGACAUCAAAUGCGAUGCAGUCGAGCCAAGCAAGAGCAAGAAUGUCUUCUCGCUCGACAAGCUCAAAGAAGCCUUCCAGCUUCCAGACGUACCCGAGCAACUCAAGGACUGGGGUCAAUCGUGGAAAGAACUUCGACAAGGCUAUGAUUCUAUCGUGUCAGAGCUAUCUAGAGCAAAAGGCUCUUUGUACAGAGACAUCGUCGACAAGCACUCUGAGGAUCUGGUAUCCAAUCCAGAGAUUGACUGGCAGGCGCACGUCAGACUGGAUGGCGAAGACCGUCCUCCUGCGCUUCCGCACGCCGAAAGAGCUUACCUGCGCAACCGACGUGAAAAAGCGCGCCUGGCGUUUGCCCGUCUGAUCGACGUUCCGGUGGACGAGAUAGAUGCGCUCGAUGUGCCCAUCAUUGGUAUCGCUGGGUCUGGCGGUGGCUAUAGGGCUAUGGUCAACACGAUUGGCUCACUUAGAGGCGCGAAAGCAUCAGGCAUCUUAGACUGUACAACCUAUCUCGCUGGCAUAUCAGGCAGCUGCUGGGCACUCACUCUGUACUACUCACUUGGCAAGGGCGAUAUCGAACACUUGAUCAGCCAUGUCCGUUCACGAAUCACCACAUCAUUUUUCGACAAGACGACGUUCGAUCUCCUCACUAAUCCUCCCACUAAUUCGUAUCUGUUGAGCGGCGCAAUACUCAAAGAAGCCUCGGAAGCUGGCGAGUUCUCUCUUGUGGAUGCAUAUGGGACGCUCGUCGCUUCGAGGCUUUAUAUACCUGAUCAUAUCGAUAAGCUUGACAAUAAGCAUCUCAAGCUUAGCAACCAGAGGCAGUACAUAGACGAUGGUGACUACCCACUGCCAAUUUACUCAGCCAUCCGUCAUUCGAUUCCGCAAUUUGAUACAGUAAUCGAGCUGAACAAGCAACAGAUACGCAAGCUCGCAAGUCGUGACAAGGACAAAGUCGAGACUGCCGAAUCGCUUGAGAAGCAAAAGCGCGAGCUGCUCUCGAGAGCAUCUUAUCAGUGGUUCGAAAUGACUCCCUAUGAGAUCGGGUGCGAAGAGCUGGGCGCAUGGAUACCAACAUGGUCCUUCGGUCGCAGAUUUGAAAACGGCAAGAGCAUUGACCGGAAACCAGAGCUCAGCACGACCAUCUUCGCUGGCAUCUGGGCGAGCGCCUUCUGCGCAAGUCUUGCAAAUUACUACCGCGAAGUCUCACCUCUGCUCAAAGUGCUUCCCUACUAUAGUCGCAUCAACGAGAUAGUGUCUGCAUACAACGAUGAUCUGUCUGCGCUCCAUCCAUUCCCACCUGCCAAUAUUCCCUCGUAUCUCAAGGGCAUCGAUGGGUUGAGAGCAGGCUCAGAAGAUCUCACUCAGACCGAUACGCUCGGCUUCCUCGAUGCAGGAGCUGUCUGUAAUUUGCCGUACGAGCCUCUUUUUAGGCGUAAUUGCGAUUUGAUCAUCGCACUCGAUGCCUCUGCCGAUUCGCAAGAGGUCUGGUUCCAGCGAGCUUCUGAUUAUGCCAAGAAGCGCGGCAUGGCAGGUUGGCCCAAAGUCGACUAUCGUCCGCCCGCUACGUUUGCAAAGAAGCAGGCAGAGGUCAACCAAGGAGACUCGAAGGAUGUCAAGCCCAACCAGACGAAGGAGCCCAAGUCAGAGGAUAAGGUCGGAGAAGCGAAAGAUCAAGCCGAUCAUCAGAAAGCCGGCACUACUGAUCAGCCGACGGGCGCAAGCGACGCCGGAUCAGCGCCUGAGGAUGGCCCGAUGCCGGAAGUAUCGAGCGACUCUGAGCCGCCGAUAGGUCGUUUCAAUUGUUGGGUAGGUGACUCGCAAAACACAGGCGACAAAUCUGCUCGUCUGGACGAGCCUACUGUCGAAGAAGUCAGAGAUCGAGAUGGAGUCGCGCUCGUCUACUAUCCUUUGCUACCUGGCAAGAAGCUCGACAACGUCGCAGAAGUGUGGUCUACUUGGAAAUUCGACUAUACGCCUGAACAAACGGAUCAGCUUCUUGAUCUCGCGCAAAGCAAUUUCGAGACUGGCGAUAAGAAGCUCAAAAUCAUUCUCAAGGGUCUUUAUGAGCGCAAAAGAGCACGUAGACUGCAACAACAGGAUGCAUAGAGACAACACACACAG